CUACAGCACAGAAUCUAAGCAAAUAGCCUAGAACGGGAAUAUAUGAAUAUCCAUUAAGGAGAAGUAAAUCAGCCGCAGCGAAAUGUUUAACCAGUCGACCACAAAAAUCGUUCCGUGGACGAGGUCGAAUAAUUUCCUCGAGAGAACAUCCUUCGCUGGCAAACAAAAUUCAUACACAUACGCGCAGCUUCUCUAUCGUUCCUUCCGCGAGCUAAUUUUCUAUCUACGUCGGCCCGGCGUUACCACUACCAUCGAUUCAUGCAUCGACUCUCUUUCUCUCCUCUCUCUUUGCUCGUUUCGUUUCGCUCGAUUCGUUUUUCUCGUUACGUAUGCACGUUCGAUCCUGACUAGUCUCUCUUGCUACUGCCGGUGUUUUCCAGCUGUGUCUCUCGCUGGUAUACGCGUUCGUUCCUCCGAGUCUCGUCGCGGUUCGUUUGUUCGUUAGUUGUGUUGUAGCCGUGUCGCCCAGAAAGCGAUGUCAGUGUGCGCCGGUGGCCAAUUAAUCGCUCACGCUCGAUCGCACUCGCGCUCCACGUUGUGUUGAUCGGUGUCGGAGAAAAAUGCGAAUUCCGAGCGGAAAUACGAUGUACAAAGAAGCGUAUCGAUUCGAAGGGAAAACCGGUUGGCGCGCGCGCUCGUUACCAACUUGCGGGCGGUUCGCUUCGAUCGUUUCGCGAUCGUUCAACAUUUUUACCGCGUGGUACCUUUAAACGAGCGAGGGAACAGCCGAUCUGGUACACAAGAAGAUCCAGUUGCUCGAUGUUGCGACACGUCGCCUUUAAUUCUUCGCCAACGACUCUUUGAAUUUUCAGCUCGAGAUGCGCGAGAGAGUGCAGUAAUUAGAGGGGAAAGAAAUGAAAGCGUUUGUUCUCUGAUGGCGUGCUCAAAGGUUCGAGAAAGACUGAAUCGAACAGCAGAGGGAAAUUGAAUGUUCGCUAAAGAAUCCAGCGUCGUACUGUCGCGGCAGUCUAUCUGACAACUUUCAGUCGCGCCCCCUUGACGCGUAAACAUAAUUACGUUUAUUACCAUUCGCAGUGACAGACGGGAUUAACAGAGACAUCGUCCGAGAUGACGCGUAAUGACGCGUUAAAAUCUUUUAAUUCGCCGAAGCGACGAACAAGAAAAUCGACCCGUGUGCUCGUUAGAUUAAUCAACAAGUCGACUCGAGUUUUUGAUAUCGCCAUAAAGCUCGGCCUGUAAAAAAACAGACAGAGACAGAGACAGAGAGAGAGGGCUAGAAAGAACCGGAAGAAAUUAAGAGCACAGCCAGUCGAGAGGAGUCAAGCUCGCGGAAAAAUUCUUCUCCGACCUUUUCGAAUCGGACCCGCCUUUCAUUCGCGCCACCCUUUUCACGGCCAUUGAUGCGCUGUUUCUCUUCAUCCAACCCCUCUACAUCGCCUUGUAUUCUCGCUCGACGAAUGGAAAGUUAAUUCAUUAAAAUCGCCUGCUACGUUUCUACAAACGAACUUUCUUUGCCGUUUUCGCGCCGAAUUAGCGCAAGCUUUGCCUUUUCUCUCUGAAGAAUCUUUCUGUUCGUACAACUGGCUCGGCUAUACUAAGCCUGCGAUCUCUCUUUCCGAGGGUAGUUUUGAUUCCAAGCAGAAUUACCAGACAAGUGAGUGCUGAGGAAUACGAGUCGAUGGUUUAACUUAUUUUCGAAGAAGAAAAAAAGAUUAUUCUGUCAGGAUUUAACGGUGUUUCCGAGUAAAGAACGCUGGUUCUUCGUUCGUUAAACACUGGAAUAUUUAAAAGCGACCGCGUCGUCGGACACGAGACCGUGACACGUGCGUUCGCGCGACACUGACCGACCCGGUCCCGAGAAUGCCGCGAAAUUGCGGCUUAAUGAACAGUCGUUUCACCGAAGUGCCGAAGCAAGGGAACGGUUAUUCGCCGCUACCUCGAUAACCCAUGCAUCUUUUCUUAUUUCGCGCCACUCUUGAAAAUACGUUCAUUCACCGGAAGAUCGUUCAGAUACGCCUACGCUCGUAUUGUUUCGAUGGAAUUUUUACUCGGUAGCGAAGGAUCGCAGCGACUAUUCGAGAAACACAAAGAACAGUGAUCGUUUCUAUGGAACUAGCUAAAUGAAAAGGAAGUCAGACAAAUAUCGUUAACCUUUUCAUAGUAUAACAUAAGAGAAUUGAACAAGCUGUCAAAUACAGCAUUAUAAAUUUCACGUUUCAAGCGUUAUUACACGUAAGGCGAUUAUUAGAAUUUAUUGCCCGUGAUAAGUGGAAUGUAUUAAAAUGUAAUUCAUUUUCUGACACAAUCCUAGUGAAUUUUUUGUUACUCUAUUACAUUGUCAAAGGAUUAAUUUCGUAAUAUCGAUGAUACGCUGACUAGCAUAUCUAGGUAAAACAUUUUAUUCCAUUCACUCACCUAUAACUUAUUAUAUUCUAUCAGGAUAUCACUGUACCGUAACCGAACAAUCGUCGCACGCUAAUUAUCAGUUCCUCGAUUCCAAACUAACGUAAAAACCUAUAACGAGUCGUAAUCCUUUCUCUGUCACAACCAAACAGAGUUUAGCUUACAGAGAGUUGAAAAAGUUUCACCGCGAUAACGAGUAGACGUAUUUGAACGACCUCCUCGAAACUAGAUCAAAAAUUCCGCGCAAUAUACAUACAUACGUUUGUAAACAAGCUGAUAUUAGUAGAUAAGAGACUCGGUGUCACGACAGUUUGAUCCACGCAAUUACGCAACGCUUGAACGAUAGCAAUUACAAGCAAACGUCUCGGCGCGCUUUUACACGAUCCGGCAACACGUCGUUGUAUACAUCAGUGGAAUACAGUAAAACUGUCCAUUCCGCGUUAUAACGACAGCGAAAAUAUUCGAAUAAAUUCUUUUCUGAAGUAACACGAGUAAAACUCUGUGUAGAAGUAAUUAUCACGCAAUACGUAAAGUCCUCUUUAUCGUGCAGAGGUUGUUACAUAACUCUAAUUUUCGAGUCAAUUCGAUAUGCAUAUCGCGAGUUAAAUUUGCAGCAAAGCACAAUAAUUAAACGCAGUGAAUCGAUUACAAAUAUCAUCCUUGUUUAAACAAGAUACUCUCCCACCUCCAAAAUUUAUUGUCACAUACACACAUAUGUAUACAUAUAUGGAAUCUUUUUAAGGAAUUUUACGAUCGCGUUAUACGAAAGCGCGCUAGCAAUUUCCUGAUCGCGUUAUACGAGAUUCUACUGUAUUUGCCCUGGAAUCGAAGUGGAAUGGAGGGGCUGUUGUAUGUCGUACUCUAUGUUAGAGAACGUAGCAACGGCGAAUUUAGUCUGCAUCAGGCUGCACUCGAGCAAUCGAGAAGUACAGCGUAACUGUGUAAUCGCGUUCGCGUUCCCCGAAGGGCAAAAUGUUUAACUUGGAACGGCAUGUGUAUCGAGCGUGUGCCAGCUCGGUACACGCGUGUCACGUGCUUUUCGAGCACCGAAUCCCGUCAGGAGGGAAGUUGCGCGCCACUUGCGCGCUCCAAGCAUAUGUAAAAGAAUAAUGGCCUCGCGUAUACGUUUUCAAAUGUAAAUCAGUUCGGCUGGACUUGCCAACAACUGUUUCGUAUGGCGCAAAUCUAUGUUCUUGAAACGUUGCUAGAUUCUCCGAAGUCUGUUCCUUCUUCCUUCUUUUCUAUCUUUUUCUUCAUUUGCUUUUUUUCGAGACGAAAACAGACGACGUUGAAAGAACGAUCGACCAGCAACGAUUGACACGAGGAAGAAGGAUCUCGCGUGGGUCGAGAUUCUUAGGUCGAGUUUUUAAACACGACGACACGUGCAGUCAGGCGACGCGUCAAAGUCCCCGAUAGCGACGGAAUGUAGGGAGACGUUUAUAAUUAGUCAUGCGAGAGUACACAGAGAGAAAGGAAAGCUAAAGAGAGAUUAUAGCGUAGUCGUGAGUAACGAGAUCACGAGGAUUUUUCAUCGCGACGCACGCCUCUGUGAUUCACUGCCGGGACGAUAGCACGCGUUAUUCUCUUUUCGUUCGGUGAAUAAGAAUCGGCCAGAAGCUGGAAUUUCGGACAACGUCGAAUGGGAGUAUAAAAAUCCGUGGAAACUGGUCGUAAUGCUGAACGAUGUUGCACGGUAUCGUGGGUGUAAUUGGAUGUUUCCGGUCGAACGAAGGAAAAUAACGACGGAGAUGACGUCGUAGUCGAACUGGAACCGUCUCGCGACAGCUCGAAUGACGACCUUUCGGAGUGAAGCAUCUACGAAAGUUGUCCAGCUGGAGAGAUUAUGAUCCUGACUGCAAUAUGACCGACAGAAUUACAUAGUGGCGCGUGGCGUGUCAGACCCGACACGGGACUAGUGCGUUCUCCGCCCUUUUCGCCGAGUAUUUUCGUGUGAUUUGUGUUUCAACGUCGACGCUACAUAUCGUUCAAGGGGGGGCUUUUUGGAGAGUGGUGUGAUUGGAUUCGUGGAAAAUCCAAGACGCAAACAUGUCGAGACGGCAUCCAAGUCGACUCGACGUAGGAUCAACUGGUUCGGACUGAGUGUAAAUGCGUGAAAAAGGAGGCUACUGGUUAAAAUAAAGGGAGCAAAGACGGUAUAAAAGAAGACGAGAAGAGAGGAGAAGAGGGUAAGAGAAAAAGAAGAAGAGGGUGGAUCGAGAACGUGAGCCGAGGCGCAAAAUGGGAGCAACGAAAUUCGUGUUGGGAAGCGCUAUCCUCGGACUCUUUUGGUGUUGCUUGUUCAAGGGUGCCCUAACCAAUUCGAUGAACAGGUGCGACUAUCCUCCCUGCUUCUGCGAUCCUCACGGCAGGCUGACCUGCGACUGUAAAGAGGAAGGAGAGGAAUUGGUGUUAACCACCGAUGGUGACAAAAGAUUGAGCCCGCACACCAGCAGGAUAGCGGUGAGCAAUUGUUCGUCCGUGAUCCUGAUGAACUCGAGCCUAGCCUCGAUGGUCGGACUCCGUGCGGUAGACCUGAUCAACGUGGCGAACUUAAGCCUAGUCAGACAGAGCUUCGAGCUGUCCCCGCAGAAUACACGCACACGAAUAUCCGUGAGGAACUGCAGCAUCGACACGAUACCGAGUUUCGUCUUUCGAGGUGACGUUGAAGCGAUCAUCUUCGAAAAUGUAAGGAUCGGCCAGCUGAGCGCGUUCUCGUUCGCGAAUCUGGUACACACGGAGAAGCUGAAGCUGGAAAACUGUCGUAUCGAGAGCAUCGAGGCACAAGCGUUUAAGAAGUUCGACGUGGGCCACCUGCACGUGAUCGGAAGUAGCUUCGGGGAUCAGGUGCCCAGUAGGACGAUGAACGAUAUCGAGGUUUACCACACUUUCAUGCUAGACGGUGUGAAAAUGGGUACAGUGAGAAGCGAAGCUUUCAUCGUGAGGAGUCCACGGACUGUGGCGAUACAAAAUUGUAUCGUAGAGAGCUUGGAAAGCGAGGCUUUCGACGUGACCGCGAGGGGGCCGGUGAUAAUCAAGAACAACAGCUUCGACAGCCUCUCGAUAGGUGCUUUUCUCGGUAUACGAGCGGAUCCCGAAGCGAGAACACCACCUGCCUCCCUACCGACCAACCUACACGACCUUAUCUUUAAGAAUAACAGCGUGGUCAACUUCGAGGAGGGCUCGAUGAUGUUCGACCGGAGUAGCUUUCGUCUCGAGCUAGACAACCUCUUGGUCGACCAACCGUGCGACUGUCAGAUGUUGCCCGUAUGGAAGAACAACAUUCUCAAUUACACGAACGUCUACUCGAGGUUUUACAUCAAACAGAACACCGGGCUACCCCGUACGUUAUCGCCUCCGGACGCCAUCAACGAAACUCCCGAAACGUUCCUCUGCUCCGAUGGCGAAGUGAACGGGGUGCCAACGAGUUUCAUCGAGUACGAGACACGACAUUGUUCACUGGGUGGAUCCAUACUAGUCUUUGUCCUGAUAAUCGCGGGCUUACUCGUGCUACUGAUACUGCUCACCUGUCUGAUCAUCUGGUGCUGUAGGAGGCGUCGUCGAAAUAGCAGGAAGAAAUGGACCAGCGUGCCGAUGAACGCACCUGACGUCGUGUCGAAGAAGAACGGGGUGAUCGGCAGAGAAGCGGCCUCGUCGGCCGCACCGGUCGACAGCCGGAUAACGAUGGUCGUGCCCGAUGGCAGGCUCUACAGGGAGACCGAAUUUCACGUGAUCGUUGAGAAGGCCGAACCAUUGACCACCGAAUUGUAACGAGAACCUUCACACGGCUCGACGACGAGGGCCGUGGUAGCUCAAGUCGAAGAAGAAUUCGAGUGGUCCGACACUUCGAGCCGUUUUCGCGUGUACAAGCUGUGAACCGGACCAGGACAAGACGAUGUACUUUAAACCGGUGCUGGUCAACGAUGUGUGACGAACACGUGCACCGGUUUCUCAGUGCGAGUUAAGAGUCGAGGAGAGUUUGUGUAACACGCGUAUAGUGAUCGAUGUAUGGUGAUCGUUAACGUUCAGGACUAGAGCGGAACUCUUCUAACGAAGAACGCGAUCCAACGCACUUCCUCUAUGAAGGAGGUUCCUUGAAGAAAUUUUUCACGUACUAUUAUCGAUUAAGCAGUGUUGCGUCUAAACGAAAAUAGAACGAGAGAUAUCGAUCUCGAAUCUCUCUUGUUUUCAAUUUAAUCGACUAUCCUCCUAGUACAAGGCAGUUCGUAAGCUUCCAUAAUUUACAUAUCACGAACGAACGCCAAUUAUCCAACGCGUCUCACCCUGCUCCCAUUUUUUUUCUCUCUUCUUCGUUCUCGUCUUCUUUGAACGCAGUCACGUUCCUCUUCACAAUUAAGAGUUUUUCCUCUCUUCCACGAUCGAGGUCACGUGCAUGGAUAAUCGGCGCGUCGUUGUUAGUUAAGUUUAUCGUGUUAAGUAGCUUCCAAAAGAGGGCCAGUGUCGUUUCGCGAAGAUUGGAACGAAGCUUCGACGAACCGAUACACGCAAGGAAAAAAAAGGCUAAGAGAUAACGAGAGAGAGAGAGAAAGAGAGAGAGAGAGGCGAGAAAGAAGAACAGGAGACGAGACGAGAAAAGUGUACAAAGGAGAGCGAUCGAAGGCAAAUCCUAAACUCGCUGACUUGUGUAAGAUACGCGAUUGGAUCGACCUUUCGUACUUGGUCGUAUUUAAGUUUAUCGAUCGAUAGCACGCUUGUCGACGCACCGCGUCGCGCCUUGAUCAACGUUUCAAGCGAAUGCAUGCUGUGUGAACCAACAACCGACAAAUUAUCUAACUAUGAUCGCGCGUUCGCUCGGAAACCAGUGCCAUCCCUAUACAGAUGUGAGUUCGUGCAUAAUUCAUUUAAAGACACGUUCGAUCCUCGAAGCAAAAGAGAAAAAUACGAAAUAGAAGGUAGCUGAAUAUUCGUGAGUUCGAAACGAACCGAGAACCAAAAUUAUUCACCCUCUUAACGUCCCCUUCUUCCAACCAAAUCACUGUACUAUCUACUUCGAUUUUAAUUGCGUUUCCAAUCGCAAUUAUGCUUGUAACACAAUAAAAGAUAUUACCUGACACCCCUUGACAAUACGAAAUAAUGAAUUGAUAUGCGAAUAUAUCUGAUAUUACUAUUAAGCGCAGAGAGAACGAAGAUAGCGUACUAUGAGGCGAGAUAAUCGAAUCUUGUAAUCUACGUUACGUACACGUCAUAGAUUAACGAAACUUACAUUACGAGAGCUCGUUACAUUAACGAGAAAAUUUUCGUUCCGAUUCGAUGUAACAAACAACGAGCAUAGCUCGAUUCUUCUCAAGUGUUCAAAACCCUUUCUGCCCACCCGAUCCUUGCGUAUUCGUUAAUUUAUUGUAUUAUUUCACUGCGACAUGUUUUAUUUAUGAGCUUUGGACUUAACCAAUAAAUUGUUGUUAUUGUUAUCAUUCCGAUCGGUAUCUAAUUUUGAUAAACGAGCGGCGAGGGACACCCUCGGCGAACCCAAUCGAUUCAUCACGAGGCAAACGAUUCGCGUUUACGAAUUCCCUCGCUAAUCUCGAAAGCGUGCAAGUCCCUGACUAAUGCGCGCAUACGUUCAACGUAAAACCACAACCGACUGCCGCGCUUAAGUAUCGUUCCACGCUCCUCGAGCUACCGCUUCCAGUGUGAUUAAUAGACCCGAUAUAAUUCGUCGUCCUCUCUAUUUCAUCAAGGUAAGCACCGGUGGUAUUUUACUCGUCGAAGAUGAGAGCACGUGAAGCACGUACGAGGUGAAAGGUAGCCUUUGGAAUUCGAAAAACGAAGAAACGCCGCGGUAUACCUAUUACGUUGAACGAGAACGACUCGCGAAAGACGAUUCGUUCGAUGUUGGAAUGGACCGUUUUGCGUUUUAAAGUACAAUGCCGAAGCAGUACCGUAAGCGGAGUUCUGUGGCAUCGCGUGUGCAGCUAUCUCGCGCACGUGUUAGCCAUGCAUUAUUGAUAUCGCCACCACUUGCUCCACACGUAAUGACUCUUGCAGCGUUGUUUCUUUUUAUCCUCGAGCGUCGAGCAAAAAUUGGUUCUCUCUGAGUUUCUCGAGAUUAUUCAGCGACCUUUCCGUCGUUACCUUGAGCUUCGUCCAAGCACGCCCAAUUAAAGACCGCGCGCGAAGAAGUAGCGCGAGUCCAAUAGAAGCUGGACUCAUCUACCAGCUUUAUAUGUAUUCACGCGUACAAAUCCACGAGCGCACGCGCGAAUAUACAAGUACAAUUAUCGUACUUUGAUGAAAGAUUAAGUUUUUCUAAGGACAUUUAGUUGUAAUUAUCGUGAGACUGUGAUAUAACGACAGCCGAUUGUAUAAUUUGUUUUACAUCGAAAGGGACGUCGUACCAUCGAUAACGAGGAGAUAAUAAAGAUGAAGUUGAUGCAUA